ACGGCAUCACCACACCCCCUUUGCCAUCGCGAGCGCUGUUGGCCUGGUGACGCUUUCGAUGCCGCCGCCGAAACAGCCCUGUCCACCCGUUGCCAUCGUUAAACAAGCGUAACAGAAGACCCUUUGGCCCUCACGGGCUCUUCUGUUUUCGCCGGGUGGGCGCCGUGGAGGCCCUCGCGGACGCUUCAGCUGAUGUCAUUUCUAGGGAGAAAAUGAUUGUACACUUAUGGAACUAUUUGUACAGAAAUAUCUUUCGAUUUUGGCUAAAAUGGAUCUUGAGACAGUUCACAGGAAAAUGUGAACUGCAGCGUAUCUGUGAUAGCUCAAAGAAAAGGGCGGAAAGGACACUAGAAAUAGAGUAUUCGUUGGAAUCAUCAAAGUGUAAGGCUUUACAAAGUUCUGUGUAUGCUUCUAAAGAUGAAGUGGAAAAAUGUGUAGCAAUCAUCAUAACAGAAAAAAAGAUUAAUAUACAAAAGGAUACAGGGUUUGUCUCAAAGCUACAGUUAUGUUUGCUCCAAAUAUCAGGAUGUAAAAAACUUUAUUUGGCCGUAGAAGAUCUGAGAAAACAGCUGUAUAACUCUGACAAUAAAGAACACGAGGAGCAACUAAUGGAGCUUUGGAAUUGGUUGAUGCCCCAUGAAAAACUGAAGGCUAGAAUUACGAAGCAGUGGUGUGACAUUGGUUUCCAAGGUGAUGACCCUAAAACAGACUUCAGAGGAAUGGGCAUGCUGGGAUUAACUAAUCUACUAUAUUUCAGUAAGCACUAUCCCCGUGAAGCUCGUCAAAUCCUUGCUCGUUCAAAUAAUCCAAAACUGGGAUAUUCCUAUGCAAUUGUUGGGAUCAAUUUGACAGAGAUGGCUUACAAUUUAUUGAAGAAUGGUUUUUUAAAAACUCACUUCUACAACCUAGUUCCUGGUGAGCCACAACUAAAAGACUUCCAUCAAUUUUAUUGUUAUUUGGCUUAUGAAUUUGACAAAUUUUGGUUUGAAGAAAAACCUGAAAGUAUUAUGUACUUCAACCGGUAUAGAGAGAGAUUUUAUGAAAAAGUCAAAAAACAUCUUCUGGAUUACAAUGUAGUUCUUGCCUUAAAAAAUGAAAUAUAGUAAUGCACAGUCCUUUGGAUUCUGCCCAUAAAAAUUAUGCACUUGACUGGGAUUCUCAUACUUAACCAAAAACUUCACUUUAUGAUCACAAAGUUUUAUAUAUCUAAAUUUUUUUAUUGAAAAAAAUUGAGAGCUUCGACAAUCAAUACAGAUAUAAGUAAGUAAACUAUUUGCUCAAGGUAAGAACUUUUUAAAAUACAAAGAUUCUUUCUGUAUCGCAGGAUCUCAUAACUUUUGUACAUCUGGCAGAAGAGGAAACAGGUUCUUGGGCUGCAUCAUAUUGUUUAGUGAUAGCUUCUUUUUCAAAUGUGACUAGCGUUUAGUUUACUACCAGAGAUGUUGUGCUACUUCUUGAAUAGUAAUAGCUUUUGCUUUAGCUUUACAUGUUAUGUUCUGUUAUCUUUUAACAUGGAACAUGUUGCUCUUUAUUAUUACGCUAUUAAGAGGAAAAGACCCACCAAAAGGUUAAAUUAUUUGGGUGUAUGAGAAAUUCACUUGUGCUUAUCUAAGACUAUAUCAUAAUGCGUCUGUUUAAAUUGAUUUUCUAUGUAGCUAGACAUUGCCCGAGUUAAAACUUUUGUUGUUAACAAGUCUUUGCAUUCUACCGUAAAUAUUUUAAGCUAAAUAUAUUUUCCUGUAUUGGACUAAACAUAUUUAAGGCUCUGCAAUUGCCUUCCCACAUUUGCACUAUUUUUUCUUUUGACAUUUAAGCUCACAGCUGACUAAAAAAGCUUAAGAAUAUUAGCACUCAAAAUAUUUAAUAGAAGAUAAUGACUUGCCAGUUAGGUAAAUUUUCUUCUGUGCAUUUCUAAGGCAACUCAAAUGGCAUAUCCCCAGACAAUCUAAAGAUUUUUCAGCUAUUGUUUUGAAAUGUUUGUAAUCAAGCUUCGCUUGUAGGUAGUCUUGCAUUCUCAAAUGUGUGUGCGCUUUGUGGGUAGGGUGUUCAGUUCCAAAGUUAAUCUUUUUAAAGUGCCUUCUACUUCAUGUGAGCCUCAUCCCUGCGGCUUUGAAGCUGGGAUUAUGUCGUUGCUGAACAGUUCCUCGUAUACACUGGCUGUGUUGUAAGAAUUGAUAUAAAAAUUCAGCAGAUUCAUACUUCAUCAGGCCACCUGAUAAUUGACAGACUAAAUAUAUCUCCAAUAAGGAAAAAUUGAGACUGCAGUAGGAAACUACCUGAAGAACAUAUGAUUCACAUGGGAACUUGCUAAUAUUUUAACAUUGUAGGGCAUUCCCUAUGCUGGAAGUAUUAUGUAUAACCUGUAGCUUCUAAUAGUAAUAACUUACCUGGAACAGUAGAACAGAAAAAGCAAAACUGAAGAUAAAAUCUAGUUUAUGGGAACAUUUAAUGUUGUAAUAAAAUGCUUAUCAAAAUCCCUUUCCACAGAGGGGUAAUGUCCUGACAGAAAGAUGGAGAGGGGUGGUUAAAGGUUUCUUUUCAGUAUCUACAUCUAAUUUUAUAGAUGUUUGUUCACUUUUGUGCAAUAAAAUAUUAUUUCAAGAAAAAAUUGAUAUGUGUAAAAUGCAUUGGGGAACAGUCCAAAAGUUCAUAUGCCUUAGAUACCCCUUUUGGGUACAGGGACAACCUUAUGUUCUUCCAUUAGUGGGAACAUUUUUCAUCAUAGAGAAGUAUGCACCUGGUUAUAUAUGAGCACUGAAGCUAUUGGUUCAUGGUAUCAGAAUGUACACAAAAAUUAUUUCUUGCUGAAACUGUUAUAAGCAUUCCCUUUCUGCAUGGUGUGGAGGUACAGCAUUCACACACUUCAUUCCAUUUGAGUGUUUGCUUGAAAUGGCUUAAUUGAAACCUAAGAAUUUGUUUCAGAAGUUUCAGCUUCGGCUGUGGGGCAGUAUACAAAUACAAUAAAUUAAAUAAAUAAAUAAUAAAUAAAAAAUUUAGUAUAGUGGGCCACUGUACUCAGUGUUUUAAAUAUACUGAAAAUAGAAAAUUCCAUAAAGGGUAUUCCUAAAAAGAUUUUAGGGUAUGUCUUCAUGAGAGCUUGUCAUUUUUCUUAUUAUAUUUGUAUUAAACAAGAACUGCAGGAAGCACUAUUCCUCCAUGCCCCUGCAAAAGAUAAAGAGUUGGUGCAACAUCUUGCAUGUAAACCACAGCAUUGACACUGUCCCAAGUGAUUCCCUCAAUUUGUUUUUUGGACUUGCAGCAAUUAGCACACUUGCGCUGUAAUCUAACACACUUGCUUAGAAGUCCUAUUAAAUCCAAUGGAGCUUACUUCUGAGUAGACAUGUAUUGGAUUGCAGCCUUGGUUGAUGUGAGGAUUGGAUAGGCUGAAUCAAUCCAUCUGAGCCCUGACAAGCAUCACUUGGAUUAGCUGGGUCAAUCUUUUUUUUUAUGGCUUUAUCUUGCUGUAUGAGAAACCUAAGGAAGACUGCCAUUAGAUUACACAUUUUGUCAACUUAAUGGUUCCACCCAGCAAGUAUUUCAGAAGAACCAAAUGUGUAGAUCUUAAUUCUACCAAAACCCUGGGCUAAAUUCUGCAACACAUUAAAUUCUGGCAUGGCCAUUCGGGUAACAGUUACAUCUGGUCACACAGUUUGGUUAAGUUUCACAGCCAACCAAAAUAUGCAGUUGCUCUGGCCAUGUCCCUCCCCCAAGAUGGUGGAAAGGCAGGUGUUUGUCUCUGAUGUACUCUGGAGCAACAGUUGAGUGCUUCAGAAGUUUGCCCCUCCAGGUUCAGAAGUUGGUUGGGGACUCAUCAUGUUCAUAGUGAUGAGCGAAUUUGUGAACCUGUUCUCACAUCUGUGUGCAGGUCUCUUAGCAUGUUAUGAAAGGUGAGUAACAUCGCCUGAAGCCUUUGGGCAUAAUCUGAUUGUUGAUUCUGGUAUUUAUGGAUAGUACUUUGUUUGAGGAAAGUGGUAUGCCAAGGCAAAACUUCAAAUCUCCUGUAUCCUUGGUUAAUGCAUUGUGUCUGCAAACUACUACUUUAUAUGUAAUCCUUAAGCAUUCCUAUGUUAAAAGGUAAUGUUUAACAAUAAAAUACAGAAAAAAUGAUUUUUUAAAUAGUUAAAGCAGCAAACCAAGGUUUAAAUAAUUGCCUGGAUUAGAUGAUAGAAUAACUAGUUUUAUUUUAUUAAAGUAAUGUAAAACAUUAAAUGAAAAUGGUUAUCAGUAAAGCACAAGGUGAUGUAAUGCCAAUGUUCUCAAGUUUCAGUCAGUGUAAAGAUUCUUUGUAACGGUGCUAAUAAUCGUAUUUGACAAUUUUUAGGAAAGGGGUUUCUAAACUUUUGAAGAUACCAGUUUUGUUGUAAAUAUUUUGAAAUCGUCAGUUCGAACUGGAAUAAUUUGUAUCUUCCUUAUUAAAUGUAUUGUUCAAAUUUGUAAUGCAGUGUUCCUUAAUUACAGAUAGCUACGUAGCUAUCCUGUGUGGAUGUAAUGUUGAGGUUUCUUAAUUAGUUUUCACUGCUGUAGUCUUGUUUAAACAUAUUUUAUUGGACUAGGAAUGAGCCGCCUGCUCUCUUGCCCUUAUGUGCCCAGUUUGGCCAAGCUUUCCUGAUUUCUUAAACUAGUUUCAGAAACAUCCAGAUUUCUUCCAAAAUGGGAUCUGAAGAUGAUCUUAAGCCACCAUUUGCAUGUACAGACAUCAUGGGAAAGAUUUAAAGGAAGUAGGAAAUUUUUACUGAAGCUGGCUGCUAGAGGGAAGGUGCAAGGAGAAGCUGCAUGAGUCCAUGGCUCAUUCCUGCUCCAGUACCUAUGAUUUAUCAGACUGGAAUGGCUGUAUCUGAACUCAGCCAGUGUAUUUCAUUGUGUGUGGUUUAUAUGUACAUUUGCCCACUUCUCUUUACGAAUAAUUCAUUCUAGACUUGUAUUUGGAUGAUUUAAAAAUCUUAGUCUGAGCUGUGAAAACAUGAGAAAAAAUGGUAGAAAAAUGUAGAAAAAAUGGUAGGUAGAAAUGAAACAGGGUUUUUCACUUAAUAUUACAUUGUGACAAUCUAAACAUUUUCUCUAAAAAAGGCGCUAUUAAGUAUACCUUGAAGGUGUAAGGGCCGGGUCACAUAUGAGCAUUUUUUCCCCCAUGCAGUUGUUCACUUUGAUUUUCUCUGUGGUCAUGUAUACAAGGGUGGGAAGGAUAUGUGGAAACAAAUGUAGCCAUUUCCAUGAUUGCAACAUCUGGAAAGUGCAGUUAUGACCACAGAAUUUACUGUGGCUAUCUGUGUAUCCCCGUUCAUGUUAAUGUUUGUUAUUAACCUGUGACUAUGAUCCAUAGCAGGGAGUGGAGAUUAGCUGCUUGCAUGCAAGUUCCUUUCACAGGCUUGAAGCCAGAGAUGUCUUGCACUUCCACUUCCUCAAGGCAGCCCUGCUGAAUUCUCAAGUCUCACUGCAGCUCUCCAUGCCCUAUCACAUGUCAUCCCAGAGGGCUCCUUGAACUCUGCAGUUGCUGUUUUGGGGGGUGCUGGGAGUUGUAAUGGGAGAGGAGCCAGCACACCUGUUAUGUGAGCAGAGUUCACCUCAUCUAUCACUGGAUACAUCCAAUAACGUUUAAUAUUGUGAAUUGCAUAUUCUCACAAACAUGGCUACGUUGAGUCUGAUACGCUAGCUCAAAAAUGUUGAUUUUAAGAUCUAUGGCACAACUGAAUAAACACAUUUAAAGUUUGGCUUUUGAAAACAAGAUUGAUUUCAUAAAAUUCUGGGCUGUUGUGAACAAAAUACUAGGAAAUGAAGUAAGACAGGAAACAUCUUAAUAAGACGAACAUAGGAAAUAAACAGCUUCCUCACAUAAAGAAAGGGAAACAGUUACAAAAAUCACUUAUAGCACUACGAGCCACAAUAUUUGUUGACUAUGUGCUGUGUAAGAAAGGUACAACUUCAGACUUGUAGUGGAGUUAAAAUGUGGAAUUGCAAACUUGAAAGUACAGAAACUACUCAAAGUAAAGGUACCAGUUUAUUAGUUGUGCUAUAUUUAAGUGUCCAGGUCUAUUGGGUUAUUUCUCAUAGCCACUGAUGCAUUGAAAAGAUCUAAAAAUAUUCAAGUAGUAAAGACCAUGGAGUUCUCUUCUAUAGCAAUCUUAUUCUUUAGCUUUCUAAAUUAUCAUGUCAGAGUUGUCAUAAUUAAUUGUAUGAGCAAGGUUCUGUAGACUGUACUGCUAACUUAUUUUAGUCCUUAUGAUUUGCACUUGUACUAGCUACUGCUGUGGUGCUAGCAUUGGUGACAGUGUUGCUAUUUAAGGUUGUGCCCUGUUCCACUGUAAGGAACACUUGUGAACAGUGACUUGCAAGCCUUUGUGGAGCAAGACUAUUGUCCAUUGUGUUUGUAUUUAUAGAAGCAAUAAAAUGUGAUGCUUUUGGGGUGUGGAGUGAGUGACUAUUGGCAAAUAAAGAAGUUGAUCAAAAA